CAUGUCUGAAAUUAGCAAUGUUGAAAUUGAAGCUACUGAACAGGAAUUGCAAGAGCCCAUGAACCGUGGGUUACUACGCUCUGAACUCCAAGCAUAUCUAGUUAAAGCAAACAAUCAGCUCAUUAAACAUCAGGCCUUUAAACUCUUUGAUUUGGAUGGUGAUGGAGAAAUAACUAUCGAUGAAUUGAGAAGCUUAAUUGAGAAGGUUGGUGGAAGUAUGACCGAAGGCGAAGCAAAAGCCCUCAUCAAAGAGGCGGAUAAGGACGGAAAUGAGGGAGUGGACUACACUGAGUUCACUAGACUCUGGUCAGCUAUUAGAGGAGAGGGGGAGGAGGAGAAG